AUGUCUACCCCUCAGUUCUGGUCUACCCCCUUCCGCUACCUCCGCUGGGCUGCGCACGAGAAGCCAGCUAUCCUCGCUGCUCUCUUCAUCGGCUCCAUGGGUCCCGUUGCCCUGGUCACCAUUCCCCCCAUCCGCCACGCUCUUGGUGACGUCGACCCCGAGCCCAUUCCUAUGACAUAUCCCAGUAUGAAAUCCCUUCAAUCCCUACAAUUCGUUCCGCAAGGUCCGCGCGUGAUCCCCAAGGGCUACGAUGACGAAUAA